GAAGUUAGCGCUGCUAGCUUGUAGCCUAGCUAUGAAACCCUGCAACAACCAAACCUCGCUAGCGAGUACGCAUACUACGCAUAUAGCUAACGACCCAUCUAACUAAUUUACAGGAACGGUUAAAGAUAACCGGAUCAAAUGGUUUAUGAGUCUGUGCAGUCAUGGGUGACAUGAAAACCCCAGAUUUUGAUGAUCUGCUGGCUGCGUUUGACAUCCCUGAUGCCACCGGGUUGGAUGCUAAAGAGCCUAUCCAAGGGGGUCAUGAGGAGGCUGAGAGUCAGCUGAAGCACUCGGGGAUGUGUCUGGAUGACAGCUUAUUGAGCAACCAAGCAGUUACCGCAUCAGACAUACCUGCUGUAAGUGUUAUUGUGAAAAACACAAGUCGUCAGGAGUCACUGGGGGAUUUUGAAGAGAGGCUUCACACAGACUUGGUGUUACAAAAUGGAUUCAGGGGACAAGAGUCCUCCAUUGACUCUGAGAUAACCGAUCCUGGCUUCUCCAAAUCGUUUGUCUCUGCUUUGAAUGGUGAGAGUUCAAGGGAGUUUGGAAAGGCACCUAUUCAGCACAAACCUGAUGGAGCAAUAUUUUCCCAGUCGGUGUCUCAUUUUAGUCCCAUUUCAAGUCCUGAGUCGGAAGACACUCAAUGUAAUAGAGAUGAAGCGCACCCAACACAAGAAAAACCCUGUUUCCCAGAAGCCCCAGAUUUGGUGGAGGCUUCAGUACCAGAGAAUCCCUCAAAAGUGGACCUCGGCCUGUUCGAUGACUGUCCUAAGGACUCUGAUGUUCCCAAGAACACUCAAAGUAGCAGAACAGAAAACAGUCUAAUUGACGUGCCCUCUGAUGGUAACAAAAUGGAUUUAACACCUAAAGUACGCAGUGCAGUUCACUCGCCAAUCAGUAACCAGAACUUUGAGUCCAACUGCAAUUCAGGAACUACAAAGGACGUUCACAUCCCUUUUCCUUUUGUCAAAGCCCCGACAUCUAAAUUAUCAUCUUGCCUUGAGGCUUUGGCAGCGCUGAAUGCCAGAAAAGAUCCCAGUGAGCCAUCAGCAUUUCACAACGAUUGCAUGAAAGCAAGCCCCAAGGUCCCUAUAUCCCCGAGAAGUCCUCGAAGUCCACUUGAAGUUGUAAAACGUUUAAUGAAGCCCUCUGAUAGCCCCGUAAGCAUCUGUAGUGACAGUAGCGGUAAAACAUCCCCUGCCGUGGCAUCCGGGUCACCCCCUGUUAUACCCCGGGUCAGAAUUAAAACCAUCAAAACCACAUCUGGACAGAUCAAGCGCACAGUCACCAGUGUUCUGCCUGACUCCGAGACGGAUGAAGUUCACUCUACCUAUGAAUCCUCUCCAUCUCAGAGUAUGAUGAGUGAAGACUCUUACUGUAAUAUGUCUCCACAUCUGUCUCAAAGUGUGGCCGAUGAUGUUGAUGUACAGAGUAAAGUCACAUCAGCUAGUGCAUUGUCACCCAAAGUAUUACUUAAAAAAUCAGAUGCUAACUCCAGGAGGUCAGGCACAUCGCAGUCUGCACCAGUAGUUCAUAACACCAGUGGUUCUGUCAAAAGACAUGUUCCGCAGCAGAUGCAGAGACCAAAGAGAGUGUCAGCCGCAACAGGACCUCCGACAACUAACACAAACUUCCUCCCUAAAGCAAUGCACUUGGCAAGUUUGAACCUUGUCCCUCACAGUGUUGCUGCCUCAGUAGCCGCACGAUCCACCUGUAGUCAACAAAGCCAACACGCACUCUCCUCUACGGUGUACAGUACUGUCCCAUUGGUACAUCAGGUCAAAACAGCCAGCCCUUCUCCUCGUUCAUACAUUCCUAACACAGCUGCAGGAACCUUGAAUAGACUGUUGAACAACACUAACCCUGUGCCUACAUAUGUGCCCAACCUGAACCCCCCUCCAGAGAGCAACAUCAACCUUCCACCACGCGGCUACUGCUGCCUCGAGUGUGGGGACUCCUUUGGGGUUGAGAGGAGCCUUGCGUAUCAUUACAAUAGGAGGAGUGUUCACAUUGAAGUAGGAUGUACACACUGUGCGAAGACCAUGGUGUUCUUUAACAAGUGUGCCCUGUUGGCACAUGCCCGCGAGCACAAGAGCAACGGCAUGGUGAUGCAGUGCACACAGCUCCACAUGAAACCCAUCGCUGCAGAGCAUAUGUUUGUACCGCUGAACGUUGAACCCGUGAACACGGACUCUUACACUUCGCCCUCACCCUCACCUAAAAACCCACCCGUCCUGCCAUUAUAUCCAGACAGUAUCAUUCGCCAUAAAAUCCGGUGCUUGGAGUGUAACAAACAGUUACCUGACUUCAAAGCACUGGCGGGCCAUUACCAGAGGACGUCAGAGGAUGUGGAAGGACUUAUAUGCAAGAUGUGCUCAAUGUUGCUACCCAACAAGUGUAGCUUCAGAGCUCAUCAUCGCAUUCACACACACAAGUCUCCUUAUGUUUGUCCCGAGUGUGGCGGCCUGAGUCGGUCUGCAGACGUACAGAAGCACGUCAAGGAAAACUGUCUGCACUAUGCUCGCAAGGCUUGGUACAAAUGUCUUCACUGUGAUAUGGUUUUCAAGACCCUUCAAGGACAAAAGGCUCACAUUGAAGAGAAACACUGUGAGGUCUUUUACAAGUGCACUAUGUGUCCAGUUGCCUUAAAGACCACUGAGAGCUGUGAAGUGCAUUUGAAAAAUAAACAUGGUGCAAGCAAAACAACCCCUCAGUUAAUCUUUAAGUGUUCCUGUGAGACCAUUUUCAAGAAGAAGCAGCUGCUGUUUCAGCAUUUCCAUCAGAACGCCCAUAAGCACGUCACCUGUGUAUUCAAGUGUCCAGAGUGCAACUCCGUCUUUCCACAAAAGCACUUAUUAAUGCAGCACUUCAAGUCUGUGCAUGUAGGAAACCCGACGGCAGAGGCGGAGAAGAACAGCAGACAGCAAUCUGACAACGCUGAGUGCCAUCAGGCCUCUCAUCCCGUCCCACAGCAGAAGACGAGUCACGGUCCUGUGAAACGGACAGAUAGUCCCAGAAAAAAGGCUGAGCAGGACGGCAGGCCGCGCGUGAAGCCCACUGGCUGGACAUGUGGCAAGUGUCUCCAGUGGUUCCCCGAAAGAGACUCAUAUGUUUCUCACGUGAAGAGCAAACACGGGAAGUCCGUGAAGAAGUAUCCAUGUCAACAUUGUGAGCAAUCUUUCAACUCUACCACCAGUUUGAGAAGACACCUUCGCAACGACCACCACGGAAAAAAGAAAACUUACACUUGUUGGUAUUGCACGGACACAAAGACAGUAUUUACAACCAGUUUGAAGCUGAAGAACCACAUCAGUCUAAUGCAUGGAAUCAAAAAUCCUGAUCUCGACCAAAUGCCAAAAACAGUCACGCAGCAGUCAAAAAAGGCUUUGGGGAAGGGACGUGUACCAGAGAAGCCCUCAGGUGGCUCGCAGAAGGAAGGGCGGGAUCGCAGUGUGAGUGUCGAGGCUCCCUCGGCGAAGCGUCCGAAAACCCAGUUCCGCUGUUCCAAGUGCGGCUUCACCACCAACGACAGCGCGCAGUUCCAGCAACAUAUACCUCAGCAUAAAACCGACGAGAACACUCCACAGUGCCUCCACUGCGGCCUGUGCUUCACGUCGGUGCUGUCCCUCAACAGACACCUUUACAUUGUACACAAAGUCAAAGAGCCCGAGGAAGAGGAGAUGGAAGAAGCCAAGCUGGAGGCAAAGGGGCUGGAUAAUCACGCGGUUAAAUGUGCCGGGACUGACGAGGUCAAUAAUUUGUCACCGGGGCGAAGCGAAGCGGAGGCGCCACAGACGGAAGAGCUGGCGAGUCCACGCCGCGAAAACAUCGCGGACUGUGAUUUAAAAGUGAGCGCUCACUCUCACACACAACCCGUGUCACUGCGGUAACAACAACAACAACAACAACAACAACAACAACAGCCGCCUCUUCUUCACUCCACACCUCCACGUGUAAUGUGCUUUUGAGAGUUUUCCUUUUGACCAUUUUUAUUCCGAGAGACAUUCAAGACAGAGCAGUAUUUUUCAUAAAUUGCGAGGACAAAGGAGUAGACAUAUUUUAAAAUUUUAUUUAACUUUGCAUGUUGAUAAUAUAUUCAUCUUGCCUUCCAAACAUACAGUAAGUGCACUCAUAUUACAGCUCAAGCCUUUUCUUUGUCUUUUCUUUCUGUUUUCCGUCCGCCCUGACAGAAGACUCGGGAAACGUCUGUGAGUUAUUUUCAGUCUCGCGUAUUGAUUGACUUGAAAGGGGUCGGACACUUCGCCUUUGUAACCGGCCGUAAAUUUAAAUGGCUUAAAGUUCUUUUGAAGUAUUUAAUGCGACACACUAUGACCUGAAUGAACGGUUUCAGGUUGAAAGUUGGACGCUGUUGCGAUUAUUUUUUUGCAGCACAAAAGCUUGAAUUUUAGUCGCCAUUUAUUAAGGGGCUGCAACAUUUAAUCAGUUAUUAUUGGUUUCUGAAUGAAUCGCCAUUUAUUUUGACAAUCGAUUAAUAAUUGAUUGGAUUGUGUUUUUUUCUUCUUCAAUAAUUAAUCAAGUUCUU